GUAAAAGUUUUCAUAUCGGAGGACCAGACGCCAUCUCGCAGGAUUCAAAACCAGAAAAUACCUUCACACGUUACGGUACAUGCAGAGGUAAAUUAACACAGAGGAUUCAACGGCCUGAAGCCCACGGGCCUACACUGAAGACGUACAAGCAUGAAAUCAAGUCUCAUCUAGCAGGAAAAGAAGCAGAGAAGCCUGCAGAAUUUGUGUGCAUGAGAUAAAUGAGGAGAAACCUGUCUGUGAAAUGAGUCUCUAUGAGGAGAAAGAGCAGGAGGCCUCUGUUGACACUCAGAGAGCAGCAUCUCCAGGAUUCAGCUGUGUGUCUAUGAAGAGUAACAGAUCCAUGCCUCUGCCUCCUUAUCUCAGUGACGUUGAUGCUCAGAGAGCAGGGUCUUCAGGAUUCAGCUGUGUGUCUAUGAAGAGUAACAGAUCCAUGCCUCUGCCUCCUUAUCUCAGUGACGUUGAUGCUCAGAGAGCAGCAUCUCCAGGAUUCAGCUGUGUGUCUAUGAAGAGUAACAGAUCCAUGCCUCUGCCUCCUUAUCUCAGUGAUGUUGACGCUCAGAGAGCAGGGUCUCCAGGAUUCAGCUGUGUGUCUAUGAAGAGUAACAGGUCCAUGCCUCUGCCUCCUUAUCUCAGUGAUGGAGCUGCUGUGAUUUCUGACCCUGGUAUCAUCAACACGAAUAAAAAGAGAGCCACAUCUCCAGUAUCCAGCUCUGUGUCUGUGAAGAGAAACAAAUCCAUUGGUUUGUCUCCUUAUCUCAGUGAUGAACCUGCUGUGACCUCUGACCCUGUUGCUGGUAGAGCUGACCAGAUCGGAUACAUAUCCUGUCAGACCUCCACAUCCUCCUACAGUCAUAACCACAUCAGUCAUCAUGACACAGAAGCAGAUCUGCAGCUCGAUUCUCAUCAACCAGAGCAUGAUGAUCUACAGAGAGUCAAAGACCAGCACAAAACCAGCAUGAAGAACAAGUAUGAGAGCUUAUUUGAGGGAGUCAAACUACAAGAGAAUCAAACCCUCCUGAACAGGAUUUACACACAGCUGUACAUCAUAGAGGGAGAGAGUGAAGGAGUGAAUGAAGAACAUGAAGUGCUACAGAUGGAGAAAAGUUACAGGACACUCCAAGACACUCCAAUCAACUGCAAUGACAUCUUUAAUCCUUUACCUGAACCAGGAGAUGAGGAGAAGAGAAGAGAGAAGAAAGACACAAUAAAGACUGUUCUUACUAAAGGCAUCGCUGGAAUUGGAAAAACCGUCUCUGUGCAGAAGUUCAUUCUGGACUGGGCCGAGGGAAAAGCCAAUCAGGAUGUAGAUUUCAUGUUUGUGCUUACAUUUAGAGAACUGAACUUGAUUAAAGAUCAUCAGUACAGUCUUCACAGACUUCUGCUUGACUUUCAUCCUGAACUUCAAGAUCUGGACUCAAAGAUUUAUGAUGAAUGUAAAGUUGUGUUCAUCUUUGAUGGUCUGGAUGAAAGCAGAAUUACACUGAUGUUUUCAGACAGUCAGAAAGUUUCUGAUGUGACUGAGAUUUCAUCAGUGGGUGUGUUGAUGUCAAACCUCCUGAGAGGAGAUCUGCUUCCCUCUGCUCUCAUCUGGAUCACCACCAGACCAGCAGCAGCCAAUCAGAUCCCCUCCAACUACAUCAACCGUGUGACAGAGAUUCAGGGAUUCAAUGACCCUCAGAAGGAGGAAUAUUUCAGGAAGAGAAUCAGUGACGAGCAUCAAGCCAGCAGAAUCAUCUCACACAUCAGAAGAGCAAGAAGCCUCCACAUCAUGUGUCACAUACCCGUCUUCUGCUGGAUCUCAUCCACUGUGCUUCAAAACAUCCUGAAACAAGAUCUCAGUGCAGAAAUCCCUCAAACUCUGACUGAAAUGUACAUCUACUUCCUGCUCAUUCAAACAAAGAUGAGGAACCAGAAGUAUGAAGAGAGACAUCCAGAGAAACUCCUGCAGUCCAACAGAGAAGUGAUUGUGAAACUUGCUGAACUGGCUUUCAAUCAGCUGACGAAGGGCAAUGUGAUGUUUUAUGAGGAGGACCUGAGAGAGAGCGGCAUAGACGUCACUGACGCCUCAGUGUAUUCUGGGAUCUGCACUGAGAUCUUUAGAGAGGAAUCUGUGAUUUAUCAGAGGAAGGUUUACAGCUUUGUACAUCUGAGCUUUCAGGAGUUUUUUGCAGCACUGUUUGUGUUUUUCUGCUAUUUAAACAAGAACAGUGAGGUUCUGAAGAUGUUCCUGACAGGAAAGUCCAGAACUCAGAGUGUUUCUCUGGAUGUGUUUCUGAAAGGAGCAAUGAAUAAAGCCUUAAAGAGUAAAACUGGACACCUGGAUCUCUUCCUUCGGUUUCUUCAUGGCGUCUCACUGGAGUCCAAUCAGAGACUCUUACAGGAAGUACUGAUACACACAGAGAACAACCCAGAGAACAUCAAAAAAAUAACCCAAAACCUCAAACGAGGUCAGAAAAAUAACGUCAGUCCUGACAGAUGGAUAAAUCUGUCACAUUGCUUGAUUGAGAUGAAGGAUAACUCAGUUGUUGAAGAAAUGCAGGCAUUUUUAAAUUCUGGAAAUACAAGUAAAAGUCUUUCUCUUGCACAAUGUUCAACUUUGGCAAACAUAAUCCUGAUGUCAGAGGAGGUGCUGGAUGAGUUUGAGCUUAAAAAAUUCACCACUAAAUCAAAAGAUGGGAGACAGAGACUGUUACCUGCUCUGAGGAACUGCAGAAAAGCUCUAUUGACAGGCUGUGAUCUCACUGAUCAACACUGUGAAAUCGUAGCUUCAGUUUUACAAUCAUCAAACUCCCUGAGAGAGCUGGACCUGAGUAAAAGUCAUCUGCAGGAUUCAGGAGUGAAGCUGCUCUCUGCUGGACUGAAGAGUCCAAACUGUCAACUCAACAAACUGAGAUUGUCCAGCUGUAAUCUCACUGAUCAGUGCUAUGAGAUUUUGGCUUCAGCUCUACAAUCAUCAGACUCCUCCCCGCGAGAGCUGGACCUGAGUAACAAUGACCUGCAGGGUUCAAGAGUAGAGCACCUAUGUGCUGGACUGAAGAAUCCAAACUGUCAAUUCAACAUACUGAGAUUGGUUGACUGCAAACUCACUGAUCAGUGCUGUAAACCUGUUGCUUCAGUUUUACAAUCAUCAAACUCCCUGAGAGAGCUGGACCUGAGUAACAAUCAUCUGCAGGAUUCAGGAGUGGAGCUGCUCUCUGCUGGACUGAAGAGUUUAAACUGUCAACUCAACAUACUGAGAUUGGCUGAAUGCAAACUCACUGAUCAGUGCUGUAAACCUGUUGCUUCAGUUUUACAAUCAUCAAACUCCCUGAGAGAGCUGGACCUGAGUAACAAUCAUCUGCAGGAUUCAGGAGUGGAGCUGCUCUCUGCUGGACUGAAGAGUUUAAACUGUCAACUCAACAAACUGAGGUUAUCUCAGUGUUUGGUGACAGCAGAAGGAUGUGCUGCUCUGGCAUCAGCUCUGAGUUUAAACCCAUCACACCUGAGAGAGCUGGAUCUGAGCUACAAUCACCCAGGAGAAUCAGGAGUGAAGCUACUCAGCCACCUGGAAAAACUCAAUGUGGAUCAUGGAGGAGUGUUUAUGAUCACAUCAAGACGCCACAAAUACGCCUGUGAUCUCACACUGGAUCCAAACACAGCAUACACUCGACUCGUUCUGUCUGAGGAGAACAGAAAGGUGACGCUUGUCUCUGAGGAUCAGUCGUAUCCUGAUCAUCCCGACAGAUUUGAUUAUUGGGGUCAGGUUGUGUGUUCAGAGAGACUGACUGGACGCUGUUACUGGGAGACUGAAUGGAGCGGAGUAGCUGAAAUAGCAGUGUGUUAUAAAGAAAUCCAGAGGAAAGGAUCGAGUUAUGAAAGUAGGUUUGGAUAUAAUGAUAUCUCCUGGAGUCUUGACUGCUCUGGUCAAGGAUUCACUGCUCGUCACAAUCGUAAAGAGACUCGUAUCUCUGUUUCUCCAGACUCCUGUAAGAGAGUCGCAGUGUUUCUGGACGAGUCGAGCGGCUCUCUGUCCUUCUACAGCGUCUCUGACACACACACACUCACACACUUACACACAUUCACACACACAUUCACUCAACCUCUACUCGCUGGAUUUAACCUUUAUACAAACUCUUCAGUGUCUCUGUGUCACAUUAAACACUAAACACUCACACACACACACACACUCACACACUUACACACACACACACACACACAUUAGUACACACAGGUUGAGUGUGUAAUGAUGUGAAAGUGUGUGUUUUAAUCUGAACUCCUGUGAAUCUCAUCUUCAGGAAGUUGAACAUCAGUUUCCUGUUUCUGAUCAUCAUGAAGAUGUUUCUGUCACACACACAAACAGACAAAUACACAAGUGUGUGUGUGGAAUCAGCUCAUAUUUACACUGCUCUUUCAUAUUUCUCUGACUCUAUUUUCACGAGUUCACGUCAUUGUAGUGUAAUAGAGUUCAGAAUAAAAUUACUUCUUCAUCAUCAUUAUUCAUAUUAUUAUAAUUAUCAUGUGUCUGAAACCUACAUUCAAAGAACUGCUGGAGAAAAGUGUUUAUGCAGCUGUACAUUAAAAACAUUAAUGUGAAGAA